CGCGGACGGCGUUGGUUUGAAGAAGACCUUCAGCGUUGCCCUGGCGGAGCGGAGACAGGCCCUCUGGUUGGAGGCGAGAGAUGUGUAACACACCGACUUACUGUGACCUAGGAAAGGCUGCCAAGGAUGUCUUCAAUAAAGGAUAUGGAUUCGGCAUGGUCAAAAUAGACCUGAGAACCAAGUCUUGUAGUGGAGUGAUGGAAUUUUCUACUUCUGGUCAUGCUUACACUGAUACAGGGAAAGCGUCAGGCAACCUAGAGACCAAAUAUAAGGUCUGUAACUAUGGACUUACUUUCACCCAGAAAUGGAACACAGACAAUACUCUUGGAACAGAAAUCUCUUUGGAGAAUAAGUUGGCUGAAGGGUUGAAACUGACUCUUGAUACCAUAUUUGUACCGAACACAGGAAAGAAGAGUGGAAAAUUGAAGGCUUCCUAUAAACGAGAUUGUUUCAGUGUUGGCAGUAAUGUUGAUAUAGAUUUUUCUGGACCAACCAUCUAUGGCUGGGCUGUGUUAGCCUUUGAAGGUUGGCUUGCUGGCUAUCAGAUGAGUUUUGACACAGCCAAAUCCAAACUGUCACAGAAUAAUUUCGCCCUGGGUUACAAGGCUGCAGACUUCCAGCUGCACACUCAUGUGAAUGAUGGCACUGAAUUUGGAGGGUCUAUCUACCAGAAGGUUAAUGAGAAGAUUGAAACAUCAAUAAACCUUGCUUGGACAGCCGGCAGUAACAAUACCCGUUUUGGCAUCGCUGCUAAAUACAAGCUGGAUUGUAGAACUUCCCUAUCUGCUAAAGUAAACAAUGCCAGCCUGAUUGGACUGGGUUAUACUCAGACUCUUCGACCAGGAGUCAAACUGACCCUAUCAGCUUUAAUCGACGGAAAGAACUUCAAUGCAGGAGGUCACAAGGUUGGGUUGGGAUUUGAACUAGAAGCUUAAUGUGGUUUUGAGUAAAGCAUCCGAUUUGUCCCCGGAGGUGAAGAGAACCCACUAUGUUUUGGCCUUAAAAUUCUUCUGUGAAAUUUCAAAAGUGUGAACUUUUUAUUCUUCCAAAGAAUUGUAAUCCUCCCCACAGUGAAGUCUAGAGAUCGCAAGUGCAUCCUGAGGGAGGUACUUGAAGGCAUGCCUGGAAGUUGUCAUGUUUGUGCCACAUUUCAGUUGAGUUCCGCAGUGUUAUUUUAAAUGUGUUCCUCAGCGACAAUGUAGUGUCACGUUACAAAGGAAAUGACCCAACCCUCCAGUUUGUACAUCACGUCCUGCAUGUCCCACACCACUUUUUCAUGACCUUUUAAUAAUAUAUUGGUCUCUGUGCUGUAGUGGAAAUCUUUGGUUUUGCAUCAGAGUAAAAUAAAAUAAACCCAUCACAUUUGGAACAUAA